CCGUUUUCGAAAGUACUGGAAAUCUAAGAACAAUUCUCAAAAACAGAUAGAAAGACAAGAUUGUUCUAAGCCAUUUAUAUCCGUCUUUUCAAGGGUUCAAAAGAUAUCUAAACAUAAUCGGCAUUUCUUGCUUCGAAUUCCGUAUUUCUCAUAUGGAAACACCGUAUAUAUUUUGGAAAAAUAAAAUUCAAUAUGGCGGACGCCACAGCAGUGCACAGAAAAUAUCUAAAAGCUGCCGUGGGUGCUCUGUGCUUGGAGAAAGGUUAUGAUUCUAUUACUAAACUUGCGAUUGAAACUUUGACUGAAAUGAUUCAAAGUUGUAAGUUUUGGUCUUCUAUAACGUGUUUUUACAAAUAAUAAUUGACGUUCGAAUAUUGGAAUAAUGGAAUUGACUGUCAGACAGUGUCAGUGUCUGAUAGACAGUGUCAGUGUACACUGCCAUCGUGUUGUAGUGUGCUCAACUAAUAGACAAUUUGGGGUUGCUACCCAAUUCACAACUUUAGAUAGUAACUAUAAAAAAAUGCAUUAUAGUUGAUUGUAUAAAAGUGUUUAAUAUUCACUCAUCACUGCAUGAUGAGUCAUGUAGAUAAUUCUAAAGCAUUUAUAGUCAUAUUUGUUCUAUUCUAUGCUGAUCUGUAUACUAUAACAAUGGUAAUUAAGCAUGCGAGUUAUCUGAAGUUGUGAAUUGGGUAUAAAUGUUUUUUAGCCAAUAAUUUGUCUAUUUGCACCUAAUUACAGGAAUGCCACAUAUGCCUGCACCAGGGUGGAAAGUUUGUUUUUUGUGCGCCGAAGAUUUGAUCAAGGUUCAGUAACAUGCGCCAGUCCUGUUUUAAACAUAUUCACAGUCAGUGCUCAAUCAAAUUCCUGUUAUUACAUGGCUGAAAUACACACAGAAAUGUCUGAGAAUGUUGUAGUGUGCAUAACUAAAUAAAUUUUUGUACGCCAGUGCACCAUGCACACCAGUUCAUUUUCCCAUAAUUCUGUGCCAAAAUGGAGCAAAUUUGUGAAUUUUCCACGCCAAAGAUCUUCGGCGCAACCUACAAACUUUCCACCCUGGCGCCUGAACAGCCUGAUCCUAACUCUUAUCUUAUUCUAACCUCUACACUUUUGAGUAUAUAUUGUGUUAGAAGUAAAGUAUCUUUUUUAAAAGCAUUUCACAGAAAUGUUUUUUUUUUAAAAAUACUUUAUUUCAGGACUUAGUAAAAAUGAGAGAAAAAAGAUUUGAAAAGAACUCAUGCAGGAACUGAACCAGGAUGCACAUGCAUACUGGUUGGUAGCUGUACCUCUAGACCACUGAGAACCACUGCGAUCAGUGGAAAUAAAUGGUCUUUAUAUUAAUUCCGCCUGUAAUUAAGUAGGAUAGAUCUCAUGUAGUUAGGCGUAAAAAAAAACCUGUGGUUGCGGUUUCAUAUCGUGAAAAAAUUAGGGUUGGUAGGUCGGAUAUUUAGGUAGGUUGAAUAUUUAGUUUUCAUGGUUUUGGCAGUUUUUUGCUGGCGAUUUGCAGUAGAGUCCCGGCAUCAAUAUUAACUAGAGAUGCGUAUUUCCUAUGGACGAAUUUAGGCAAUUUGAUUCAAUAAUUAGUGUUACAACAGACGCCAUUUUGGCAUCUGUAUGAGCGGCCCACAACCACCUGGAGAAAAUAGGGUCACACGGUCAAUCGCGUUGAAAAAAUAAUAGGGUCGGCAGAAAAAAAUAGUGUCGGUUGGGAACCGGAACCACAGGUAUUUUUUUACGCCUUACUUACAAUAUGGUAUAAAUGUGCCAUUUCUGAAUUUGGGCCAGUUUCAUGUGAAUUGUUAAUUUUCUAGACAUAGGUGAAAUUGGUCGUAGUUCAUUGUCAAUUUGUGAACUUUCUGGGAGGUCGAAGCCGACUUUCAAUGAUGUUAGGCUAGCUUUGGUUGAAAUGGGUUAGUACUUACUAUCUAGAAUAUACAUGUACUGUACACAUAAUAAGAAAGUUGCGAAUGUACCAUUUGCAUUAUAGACUAAAUUUUGGUCUAGACAAAAAUUUCAUCACAGCUUGAAAGAGCAUCACAAAAUUAGUAAUAUUCCAAAGUUUCGUUGCGAAAUGCGGAUAAUAUAGCCUUGCGAAAUAUGCGAUUUUCAAUCAUUUUGUAUUACGCACGGGAAAUUGAUGCCUGAAAAACGGCCAACUUCGCAAGGCUGUAUAUAUUAUCCGCAUUUUACAACAUUUCGCAACGAAACUUUGGAAUAUUACUAAUUUUGUGAUGCUCUUUCAAGCUGUGAUGAAAUUUUUGUCUAGACUUGUCUAGAUCAAAAUUUAGUCUAUUAUGCAAAUGGUCCAUUGGUCCCUAGGCAUACAACUACAUGAAAAAUACAAGGAGAACUUUGACGUUUUUAAGAGAAGACUUCUUUGGAAAGUUAGUACUAGCUUCCCGACAAAAGGCCUUCACUCGAAACGUUGAAGUUCUCCUUGUAUUUUUCAGGGAGUUGCCUCUCUAUCAAUCUCCAGCUUUGUUAAUAUUGGCAGCUUUCUUAUAUUACUAGUUUUUAUUUACAGGCUUGAAUGUGGAUGAAUUAAAUACAAAUUUACCACGCACAACAAAAACAUUAAUUCCUAGGCGUAAGUAUCUCAUGCUGCAUAUCUCAUUCUCUGAAGUUUGAAGACAAAAGAAACACCCUGGUGUAUAAAUUGUCAUUCCGUUGUAAUUUUCAGCGACCGUUAGUCGUCCAUUUCAACAACCUAAACCACUUCAAUCAGGAACUAAAGAAGCCCGACCAGCGUAUGUUCCAAACUACCUACCAUCAUUCCCAGAUCCGCAUUCGUAUGUCAAAACUUUGGUGAGUUUCUUGAAAUUUAAAUUGAACUACAUGAUUGACUGGACUUGAUAUUUGCUGUGUUGGUGUAAUUGAUCGGAAUCCCAUUUACAAUAUAAAGAAAGCAAAGAAUUCCGGAUUCACCGCAAGUCCAAAAUGCUUAAUACCUCUUGUUGGGUUCCUGCUAUCAUUUACAUGCUCAUGGGCAAGGGCCAAUGAAUCUGUUACUAGCAAAUAAUGCUGGUUUUAAGUCGUUUGAACACUAGUCCAUGUUUGAUGUACAGAUCAGAUUGGACUACAAAAUCCUCGUUCAAAAUUGUCGGUCCAACAAUAGUAGACGAUGUUGGACUGGCUUUAAACACCCUGUAUCUUUAUAUAUUGGUAAACAGGUGACAUAGUUGAAUACUCGAAUCUGAAAACUGAAUUUGUAAUUUUGUAAUUUUCUGCUCUAGUGUGAAAUACUUUAUAUAGUGUAACGUGUAACGAACCAAACUUUAAUAGAGCAUGAAACAGAUACAAACACGUUGAAAUGCAGUUCAAGUUCCCUUUAUUAUUUUCGAGCUCUACUCAUAGAGUAGAGACCCUUUUCAUGUGCACUGGUAAUUAUCAAUUAACAUAACUACGUCAUACAUUGUUUGCUGUCCGAGUGCAAAUACAACUAUGUUACACUCUUCCCCCACUUAAGUUUUCAUUCACGAAAACAAGUAUUGCAGCUGUAUGUUACAAAACUGUAUAUAUGCAAAUCACUAUAGCCUAUACGUAUAUGUAACCAAGGAGUGCGCUGGAGGAUGUAUACUCGGCUAACAUUCAUAACGUUCUCCUAUGGGGUGUUCCCCUCUAAGCCUACGGGGAGGAGGUCACACAUUGUUUGCUGUUAGACUCCAAUUAAAACAAUGUCGCAUUCGCUAAAACAUUUUCUUAUGUUGUUAACUUCAGACGUAUCGUAAAGAAGCGGAUGAAUACGAACAAUGUCGAGAAAAAUACGCCGCCAUGCGUCGAGAUGUGGAGACUGGACUGGCAAAGUGAGUAUGUCACAAAAGAAACUGAUUUUCUUGGAAAUGGAGCAUUUUAAAAGUUGUUUUUCUUUACUCUUUUUAGAUUUUUAUCAAAGACAUCGAUUUCUGAACCGAUCGUCAAAAACUGCGCCAAUCCCGAAAACUAUUUAUGUUAGUACUCUUUAUUUCUUUUCUUGUACCUUUCCCCUUAUGAGUGAAAUUUUGAUCUAGAUAUGCCGGGACAAAAAUUUCAUCACAGCUUGAAAGAACAUCACAAAAUUAGUAAUAGUCCGAAGUUUCGUUGCGAAAUGUUGUAAAAUGCGGAUAAUAUAGGCAUUAUAGCCUUGCGAAGUUUGCCGUUUUUCAGUCAUUUUGCAUUACAAACAGGAAAUUGAUAAUCAAUUUGAUUACGGCUGUACACAGGCUAGUCUCAAGUGAGAAUAUGUAUAGGCUUUCAAGUGACGGUUUCCUAGAGUAAUAACGUUGUACCAAUGGACGAAUGGCUUUCACUGGUUCCAGUUUCAUAUUGUGAAAAAAUUAGGGUCGGUAGGUCGGAAAUAUUUUUUUUUAUAUUUUUUUCAUGGUUUGCCGGUUUUUUGCUGGGCGAUUUGCAGUAGAGUCCCGACAUCAAUAUUAACUAGAGAUGCGUACGUAUUUCCUAUGGACGAAUUUAGCCGCAACCACCUGGAGAAAAUUGGGUCGCACGGUCUAUGCUUAACCAUACUGUGGUUAAUUUGCCUGUAAAUUUAACCAGGAACGUUAAGUUACUGGCCAAACAGUUAGGGUUAAUUUUAGAUUAACAUGCAGGGAUUUUUAACCAGAGUAAGACUCAUAUAUUAUGUUAUGUUUUGCUUUAUAGUAAUAGUAAACGAACCAGCAACAUUGCCGUACUUAACAGCACUGAUGCCCACAGCUGAAGACGCCAUCGUGCCAACCAAACCUGACAAAGCAUCACAAGAUUCUGAGGACAGUGCGAGCGAAAAACCAGCACAAGAACCGGCAGAUAACCCUUUUCUAAAACCGCCUAAGAGACGAAAGACAACGGCGAAAACGUAGCUUUAAAUUACUGUAUAAGAAAACAGAUAGAUUACGAAAGCAAGCUGCCAUGGCUGGUUAUAGUUUCUCGGAUUAGUGCAUGCGAAUUGAUUUAGCAAUCAACUGCAGAGAUUCGAAGUGUGUUUCGAUCGUCUUAUCUUACAGUAAAACCCCGCAUAUAAGAACCUGUUAGGCUAAAAUAUUUUAUUUAGACCCCCUGUAAAUAAGAACCUGUUCAGGCUAGAAUUUCUUAUAUCAAAUUAAUUAAGUCAUAAGUUACAAUCAGUGUACUGUAGUCUGUAGCUUUAAUUAUAAAGUGCAUAUAUAUAAUAGAGUUGGUAUAGUGCAUAUACUGUCAUUCAGUUUUUGAUCAUUUGUGUAUAAUUUGCGUAAAUCAUAUACCAUACCUCCCUUCAAUGAGUCGCUUUUCUCUUAAGAAAAUAAGAACCUAUUUAAUAAGAAACUGUUUAGCCUAAUUUCCUGGUAAGCACCGUUUACAAGAACCUGUUUAGGCUAACUUGGAAAAUCUAGGUUCUUAUAUGCGGAGUUUUACUGUGUUUGUUUGAGACAAUAUAAUUUAUAGUCCUGAGCCGAUAUAUAGACCACGCCCGACCAUUACCUGGGGUCGUUAUCCUGACCAAAACUCCACCAAUCUACGAAAAUGAAAAAAGACGUUCUAGGACUUUAUUCAAUGUAUUCACAAAAAUGUAAAUUUCAAUUUUGGCGCUCGCCUGCGAGACAUGUAUUGAUGUAUAUAGAAGUGUAACAUACAUUGCUGUCUAUGCAUGAACUUAAAUAAAAUGCUGUACGGCACAACGAAGUAUAUACAGUGGGUCACUGGGGGGCUACGCCCCACCCUUCAAUAAUUUCUGAGAGCCUUUGAUGAAAGCCUUGAUAGGCUUGAAGACC